AUGGCUCCACUGACAUGGGCUAUGGAUGAGCAAGAUGUCGUCCUGAUGUCAAUGUUAGCUGAAUAUCGCACUUACAUGCCGACAAAAAAUUACACGGAGUUCUGGCCCAAAAUCAACAAGAAAUUUUUUGCCCAAUGGCCAGUCCAUAAAAUAUACUAUCCCAAUGUUGAUGACGAGGAUGAGCUGACUGAGGAGCAAAAGGAGGUGUAUAAGACACCAUUAAAAAAGCGAAAAGAACAAAUCAUGUGCUGGUAUCAGUGGAAGACAAACCCUGCGCGUCUUGCAUGUUCAGGUGGUUCGAGAGGAGUGCUUGCCAUGGAAAAAACACUCGCAGGAGGCACAUCCAUGCGUGCGCCAAAGGAAGUCGAGGUUUACUCGCAGAUGUACUAUGCCAACCACAUCAAGCAGUCAGCCGACAAUGCAAUUGCAGAGGGGGGAAUUACCUCGCGUGGCUCUAAGCUCCGCAUGUGUCGUGAGAUCACAGCAGAGAAAUACGAGGCAGAGUCGAUUGCUGUGAAAGAGAAGGUUAAGAAGGAGCACCAAAAGUUGAAAAAGAAGUUCAAGAAAGCCUGCAAGGUCACCCAAGCUAAGGUGAGGGAAGAGGUAGAUGAUGAUACCAAGAUUAAGGCAAUCCAUGACCUUCUGGUGGUGUUAUAUCGUAUCUUCCAACACCUGAGCCACAUGACUGGCGGAUGGAAGUUCUCCGUCCUCAUGGGUGGCCGCGAUCCAGAAGUUGGGGGUAAUAUACGAUUCUUUGAUUAUCACCUUGGUGAAUGCGCCACUGGUGGCCAGUUUGCAGACUUGUAUGUCAUGUACAGUGAGGUUCUUAAGGCAUUUGCGAGUUUUGUGGACAGUACUAUCAAGCACGAGGACUCUCUCCCAGCUACCAACCGUGACCACGACAGAGAGAGAGAGAUUGAAUGUGAUGAUAAUGACUCGGAUGAUGAGGGUUCAGAUAGUGAGGCGGAUGAGGUUCACAGUGGUGAAAGUACCGCUGCAGCAAAAGUACCAGGGGGCAAUAUUGGUCCUGGAAGCUCAAGGGAGUGGGGCGCGCUUUAUCAGUUGACUCCAAACGAGUGUAAUGCAUCACCAUCACAAACACAGUUCAACUUACUCACUCAGGUGGGCUUAAGGUUAAUGCAUCACAUUCACGAGUUUAAUGGAACUACGCCACAGGACUUAAGCUUACAUACGCAGGAUUUAAGCUUACAUACGCAGGACUUAAGCUCACAUACGCAUGACUUGGACUUUCUCGCUUCCACUGAGCCAUUUGACUAUGAGGCUGCAAUAUCCUCUUUUCUGGAGACAUCUGUUGGGGCCAGCAUGGAUUCAGAGGGCGGCGCUGACUUACAUCUGCCUUUUCUGCCUCCUGUGGAGCGUGAAGUUCCAAUCCCUCCAUUUGUCUGGCCUAUGCCUCCUACUCCCCUUGCUUUUCAGUUAGACCCAGCGCUCCAUGGUCCUCAGCCUCCUGUGUCCAUUGAAGCUCCUGCUCAUACUCUCUCUGCAGUGCCUGCUCAUACUCUCUCUGCAAUGCCUGCUCAUACUCUCUCUGCAACGCCUGCUCCCCCUACAUUCCAGCAAGCAUCUGCGACACCCAGACCUCCUACUCCCUCUACUUCUGCUCCCCCUACAUUCCAGCCAGCACCUGCGACCCCCAGGCCUCCUGCUCCCUCUACUUUUGAGCCAGAGUCAUUGAUCCCCGCACCUCUGGCAUCUCAGUCAGCACCUGCAUCUGAGUCUCGUGCUCCCUCUGCGUCUGCUCCCUCUGUGUCUGCUCCCUCUGCAUCUGAGCCAACACCAGCACUUUCUGUAUCGGCACCUGAGCCUCUUCCAGUCUCAGCGUCUCAGCCCAUUGCUCGCCAUAUUGAAGAAGAACAGCCUGGCGCUCAGCGUACUGGUAGGGCACGCCAAUCAGUCCCUUUCAAUCGCCGUGAAUUGGACAAUGUCAUUGGUGAUACUCCUCGGCGGUCUGGUCAAGUAGGCGGAGGCGCAAAUGCUACAUCAACAACACAGGGCUCAAAACGCGGCAGCAAACGCAAUGCUGAGAACACUGGUAACACAUCUAAUAAAAAGUGA